UUUUAAAUUUAUAACACUUUAAACUAUUUUAAGUAGUUAAGUACAAAAAAUGGACUGCGGGUUAGGCCACUUCUGCUCUCACGGCUGAAAUAAUGGGAAUGUUUGCUCUUUCGAAUUAAUCGGAAGCUUUAAUUUAUGUUAAUAUUUUUUUGAAUUUUUUAAAAGAAACCACUAUAUGGACCACCAUGUACAUAAAUAUAUCUUAGAGUCAUCAAGAGAGGGGAAAAAAUUGGUAAAGUGAUAUAUCUGUAAUCAACCCUAUCCACAGUUUCAUGUAAUUAAAUUCUUCACAAGAAUUAACAAGCGAAACAAAAACAAAUUUGGAAAAAUUUUAAUUCUUGGUAAUAUGUAUUUAAUAUGUAUUAAUGUAAAGCAGAAAUUUCUUUUAUUUCCAAACCUAAGAAGAAGAAAAUAUUUAACGUGGCAACUUCAUUAGAAAUUGGCAUUUUUUCAUGGCUCCGCAAUUUGGACUUUACUAUUUAGAAAUAAAAGAUGCUGAUACUUUGCACUAUUGCGUUUAAGAAGAUAGCCGUGUUGAGGUAUUUAAAAAAGCAAGUAACCCAAAGUAUGAUCGCAUGUUUGAGAUUACUGAAGAACUAAAACGUAAUGCUUAAGCUUGUAUAAAAAGUUUCAAGCACAAACGAGUAUAUACUUAAAUAACCCUGAAAAAUAAAUAUUUCAAUUGUUACUACGUACAGUUCAAUUUUCGAAUCAACUCGCUCUGACCUCGGAUAAUAAUAUAAAAGUAAUCUCCGUGUAAAACAUUCCACCGCAUAGUAUGGCCUCGGUCGCCGCUUGGCUGCCAUUUGCACGGGCGGCGGCCAUCGGUUGGGUUCCAAUUGCUACUCACCCACUACCGCCACCACCUAUACCAAAGGAUCGUCGCAAAACAGAUGACGAAAAGCUGCUGAUCAAUGUUUCCGGUCGUCGCUUCGAAACAUGGCGAAACACGCUCGAAAAGUACCCCGACACAUUACUGGGUUCUAAUGAGCGUGAAUUUUUCUAUGACGAGGAUUGCAAAGAGUAUUUCUUCGAUAGAGAUCCAGACAUUUUUCGGCAUAUCCUUAACUAUUACCGUACAGGAAAGCUCCAUUACCCAAAACACGAAUGCCUUACCAGUUAUGACGAGGAGUUGGCAUUCUUUGGCAUAAUGCCGGAUGUAAUUGGCGAUUGCUGCUAUGAAGAUUACCGUGAUCGCAAACGUGAGAAUGCCGAACGUUUAAUGGACGAUAAAUUAUCGGAAAAUGGCGAUCAGAAUUUACAACAGUUAACGAAUAUACGACAAAAAAUGUGGCGUGCUUUUGAGAAUCCACACACAUCCACUGCAGCGUUAGUAUUUUACUAUGUAACUGGAUUUUUUAUCGCUGUCUCUGUAAUGGCAAAUGUGGUGGAGACUGUUCCGUGUGGCCAUAGGCCAGGACGAGCAGGUACACUGCCGUGUGGAGAGCGUUAUAAAAUAGUAUUUUUCUGCCUCGACACCGCCUGCGUUAUGAUAUUUACCGCCGAAUAUUUGUUGCGCCUGUUUGCGGCACCAGAUCGCUGCAAGUUUGUGCGCAGUGUUAUGAGUAUUAUUGAUGUUGUUGCCAUACUGCCAUAUUAUAUUGGAUUAGGCAUCACCGAUAACGAUGAUGUGAGCGGUGCCUUUGUAACGUUACGCGUCUUCCGAGUAUUUCGAAUUUUCAAAUUCUCACGGCACUCACAAGGAUUGCGGAUACUUGGUUACACAUUAAAAUCGUGUGCGUCCGAAUUGGGGUUUCUGGUGUUUUCGCUGGCAAUGGCUAUCAUAAUAUUUGCGACUGUUAUGUUUUAUGCAGAGAAGAACGUCAACGGUACGAAUUUCACGUCCAUUCCGGCCGCCUUCUGGUACACUAUAGUAACUAUGACAACGCUUGGUUACGGUGACAUGGUGCCUGAAACUAUUGCUGGAAAAAUUGUAGGAGGAGUUUGUUCGCUCAGCGGAGUCCUUGUGAUCGCUCUACCUGUACCUGUUAUUGUAUCAAACUUUAGCAGAAUAUAUCAUCAAAAUCAACGGGCCGAUAAGCGUAAAGCACAGCGGAAAGCCCGAUUGGCACGAAUACGAAUUGCCAAGGCCUCAUCCGGCGCUGCAUUUGUAAACAAGAAAAAAGCUGCAGAAGCUCGGUGGGCAGCGCAGGAGUCAGGAAUUGAGCUGGAUGAUAACUACCGCGAUGAAGAUAUAUUCGAAUUACAGCAUCAUCAUCUUCUGAGAUGUCUCGAAAAAACAACAGCUUGCGGAAAGUACCUACCGGCUUCGGGCAAUGCUCAAAAUAAUCAAAACAAUCAGCCCAUGGAUGGUACGUACCUGGUGGAGGCUUCCUUUUAAGGCGUAAUAUACUUACAUAUACUGAUAAAAUGUAAUUACAAAUUGAUAAAGUAUUAAAUAUUACAGCACCGAGUUUAUAACCUAAAAAUAUAAUACAUGUAUAUACAAACCUUGCAACUUAAAAAAUUUAAAUAGCGAAAUCUUUAAACUAUGUAUUUCUUGUAGCAUAUCUAUGUUGAACAAGUCAAGGAAAUUCUGGGAAGAAAUAAUUUUGCCCUGAUUUUGUAAAAUAAAAGUUCUAUGAAAACAA